AAUGAGAUCAUCGACCAGCGGGCUACAAGUGAAAACAAAAUCAGGGUGGUUAUUUAUUUAUCUUCACUAAUUUAAUUCUGACAGGUUGUAUUAAUUGUUCAUAAUUUAGUUUUUAAUUUGGUCUUUAAAUCGUCGUUAAGUCAUGUCUCAUCAAACCGGAAUUCGAGCAAAUGAAGCACUCCGCAGUUUUUUCGGGAAAUGUCGAGAUGGAGGAAUUCGCCUGGUUAAAGUUGGGAUCAUCGAUGAGGAAUUGGCCCUUGAAGAAUAUUCCGAAGCUAAACAUUCAAGUUGGGAGAAAGAUUAUGAAGCUCUGAUCAAACCUGUUUUGAAGGAGGGUCAACCCUGUUACAUUUUGUUUAGACUAGACAGCAAGGAUAAUACCGGGUACAAUUGGUUACUCUUCACCUGGUCCCCAGAACUUAGUCCUGUUCGUCAAAAAAUGCUGUAUGCAUCGACUAAAGCAACUUUAAAGAUGGAAUUUGGUGCGGCUCAAAUUAAAGAAGAAGUUUUCGUUACAUCAAUGGACGAAGCGGGAUGGGAAGGGUACUUGAAGAUUAAAAGAAAUAAAGAUGCCCCUGUCCCAUUAACUAUGGCAGAAGAGGAAUUGGCCGAGCUGAAAAAGACGGAAACUAAAACGGACAUUAGCGUCGACAGUCGCCACCAGACCUUGACUGGAGUCAUGUUUCCACUUACGGAAAAAGCGUACUCUGCCCUUGGACGGUUUAAGAACAAGGAAGUUAAUUAUGUACAGCUCAAAAUUGAAUUGGACCAGGAAGUUAUAGAAUUAGCAAGCACUGCGGACACGGAUGUCAACACAUUAAGAAAAAGAGUCCCGGAAUCAAGUGCAAGAUAUCAUUUGUUUUGGUUUCCACACACGCACGAGGGCGACUAUCUCGAGAGUUCCAUAUUCAUCUACUCGAUGCCCGGCUAUAACUGUAGCAUUAAAGAACGUAUGCUCUAUUCGAGUUGUAAAGGUCCGUUACUUUCUGCGAUGGAGGCACAGCUAAAAUUGGCUAUGGACAAGAGGCUUGAAAUCGAUUCCGGAAGUGAACUAACUGAAUCCUUCCUUCAAGAAGAACUUCAUCCUACUAAAAGUUUGAACAGGCCAAAAUUUGCGAAACCAAAAGGACCUCAGAAUCGGGGUGGGAAACGUAUCACCAAACUUACUGUGGGUGCUGGGGACGGAGAGGAUGUGGAUGAUUGAUGUCCAAUCCAAUUAGUUAUAGACGUACUGAUAUCACAAUAAUGUAACGUAGUACAUAAGUCAUACCAAAGAACGGAUUGAUCAUGAUCAGACAAACCGACGCAAAUAAGGAAGAAUGCUGUGUUAAAUGCCAUUAAAGGGGCUAAUUAAUUAAUUACUAUUAAAAAAAAACAUGCAAAAAAUUUGCUCAUCAAUGUUAAAUUGUUGUUCAAUCUGGCAAUAAUACUUCUUAGGAACCGAUUUUAAACUGAUUUCAACAUUUUUAAGUCCUCCUCUUGGAUAUAAAAUAUUUAGAAUUAAGAUAAGUGUCGAAUGAUAAUUUAUUUGUACUUUUGGGUGUAUGAAUUAAGUUAAAUAAAUUAGGACUUGAACUAUUCCAGUA